CAUCGCUUCCAUACUGUAGAGCUCGCCCAGUCCCAAAUGGGAUUUUAGGGGUCUUUCUCUGAAGUCAUGAUGGUUUAAAAAAUCGAUGAAAACCAUAUCCUCGGGUGAGGAUUUAAAAAAUAAAAUCUGCUAGAGUGGUCAGAAUCUAUACUAGAAUUGGAAACAAUUCCUCCCAGAGUGGUAGUGGGAUGGAUACUUGGGCUUAAAAUUCAGCUCUGCAAGUGUGAAAAGGAACACGGGAUGGUUUGUGUAAUUGUUGGUAAAAGAAAGAGUGGAAACUGCCCAUCAGUAUGUCAGCUGAUGGCCCAUAAGGAGAAAACCUGAGGGCAGAGGCAUUUACAGUGACUCUGGUCACCCUUAGUACAGGUCAAAGGUGUACCAUUUAGGAAUCAGGAGGGCAUUUCUUAAAGGGUUCUUGAGCUGACGCCUGCCACUCUCUAGUGGUCCGUCCCUCGCCAGCAGUCCCUAUCCUGGCCCCAGGGGCCUCUCUAGUCUGGCUCAGUAAGGAAAAUGAUGCACCUCCGAAUAUGGUACAUCCAGCUGUAGCCACCCAACUCUUGCCCUUCUGAGGACACCCGUUGCCCAUCACCUGCCCUCUGUGCCAAGACAAAAGGUGCCUUCAGUACAGGUUGGAACUUCCUGGCUCAGGAACCAACGUGGGCGGGUCUGGGUUAUGACGGUGCCCUUGCCCACCUAUAGGACAGAACUGGUAGUUCAGGGAUGAUGCGGGCGGGUUCAGAUCGCAGCUUGAUAUGCUGGGGGACGCAAAAGGGAGAGGGAACUUGGGUGAAAUGUCGGUAGUCAGAGGAAUAGUAGAAAAAUUCUAUUUUCUCCCUCAUCCAUGUGCAUACAUGUGUCUGCCAGGACAUUUGUGCGUGCUAAUUACUGUCCUGGGUCCUGCUUUGAAAUGCAGAUUACCCAAGAAGCACCAGAGGGAUUAUCUUUGAGUCUCUUAAACUUUAGAGGAGAGGUCACAUACUCAGCUGCAGAGGCCUGAGGACAACAAGAAAGAAGUGGGCCAAGUGGGGGCCAUGGUAUCCCCUGACUUAAGGGGGCCAUUAACUAGCUCCAAUAAAUUGCUGCUCAGGAAGCCAAGUCCACUGCCUCCAGAUUUUAUAACGAAAAGACAGACAACAGGAUUUGUAUAUGAAACAUCCUGAUUUUUUAAUGUUGGCAACUACAGUCAUCCCUCGAUAUCCACCAGGCAUUGGUUCCAGAAGUCCUGUCCCCGACAGAUACCAAAAUCUGAGGAUGCCCAAGUCCCUUAUAUAAAAUAGCAUGGUAUAUUUUAAAUCACUUCUAGAUUAUGUAUAAUCCCUAACAUAGCGUAACUGCUAUGUAAGUAAUUGCCCUACUGUAUUGUUUAGGGAAUAAUGACAAGCGAAAAGGUCUGUACAUAUUCAGUACAGACCCAACCAAAGCAGCUAUCAUAGGCUUGACUACAUAGUACACGUCAAUAACAAUGUAAUGUUUUCUUCUGAAUAUUUUCCAACUGUACUUGGUUGAAUCCACACCUUCAGAUAAGGGGAGAGAUAAGUGUAAUUGAAACAUUUUUAAAAACUGUGUAGACCAAACAGAACCUUGGGCUGCCAGUUUGCGACCUCAGCUUUGGAGUGAAUGGGCAUAGACCCCAGCUAUGUUUAUGAGACCGGCUGAUAGCCUGGAGGACUGGUGGGUCGGGGGUUUGAAAGCAAUGGACACAAAAGUAUCAAGAAUUAGAAUUCCUAGGGAGCAAAAGGAGGGGAAAUGGGAGACAUCUGUAAUACUGUCAGCAAUAAAAGAUAAAAAAUAAUUAGAAUUCCUGGUCUUUCUGCUACUGCUGGAAGGAAUCUAAAUAAUCAUUUUAGGGCAGCUCUUAAUUUUACAGAAUAGAGAAGGCAGGGGUUUACUAUUUUUUGUCCAGGGUCAUACAGAGCUGGUUCCUGCAUGGGGAUCAGACCCCCAUAUGCCAGCUCCCAGCCUACUGCACCCCCUGAACUACUUACCUCAAAACCAGGCUACCCUGUCUGCCCAGGACACCAAGCCUGGCUCCACCAGGAGUGUAAGAAACCUCCCAAAGUUUGGGAAAAGGUGCCCCUUCAGACCUGAGUCAAAGUCCCCCUGGCCUAGCACAGCUUCCCCAUUGGCUCAUGGGAUCUGCCCCUUCCGGAUCCCUCCCCCUGCCCUGCUGCUCUGUGACAGGGGACAUUCCUCAGGAGGCCAAGGGUCACCACAGCACCAUGACUGAGUCUGGCAAGCCCAUCCUCUAUUCCUACUUCCGAAGCUCGUGCUCCUGGAGAGUUCGAAUCGCUCUGGCCUUGAAGAGCAUCGACUAUGAAACAGUGCCCAUCAACCUCAUAAAGGAUGGGGGCCAGCAGUUCUCCAAAGAAUUCCAGGCACUUAACCCCAUGAAGCAGGUGCCAGCCCUGAAGAUCGAUGGCAUCACCAUUGGCCAGUCGCUGGCCAUCAUCGAGUACCUGGAGGAGACUCGGCCCACUCCGCGGCUCCUGCCUCAGGACCCAAAGAAGAGGGUCCUUGUGCGCAUGAUUUCCGACCUCAUCGCUGGCGGCAUCCAGCCCCUGCAGAACCUGUCUAUCCUGAAGCAAGUAGGACAGGAAAACCAGCUGGCCUGGGCCCAGAAGGCCAUCAGUUCUGGCUUUAACGCCUUGGAGCAGAUCCUGCAGAGCACAGCGGGGAAAUACUGCGUGGGAGAUGAGGUGUCCAUGGCUGACCUCUGCUUAGUGCCUCAGGUGGCAAAUGCUGAAAGGUACAAGGUGGAUCUCACUCCCUACCCUACCAUCAGCCGUAUCAACAAGGCACUGCUGGCCCUGGAGGCCUUCCAAGUGUCUCACCCCUGCCGGCAGCCAGACACGCCCCCGGAGCUGAGGGCCUAGCUCUCAAACCAUGCCCACUGGUGCAGGAGCAGAAGCUGGGCGGGCUGAACAGGCCUGAAAAUGAGCAAGCCCUAACUGGAGAAGCAGAAGACUUGCACUCCUGGCCCUUGAACUUAAACUGUAGCUGUGGAUCUGCCUUAACACUGAACCUCAUUCUGCCUUCAUCCCCUCAUCUGUCAAAUGCAGUCAGGAUGGGGUGGGAGGAUGCUGGGAGGGAGGGAAGGAGGGAGAGAGGGAGGGAGGAACAUUACCUGCUCCCUAAGUCACGGUGCAGUCAUUAAGGUGAAGUGAGAAUGCAGACUGAACUGCCUGGCAAGUUUACCGGAGAGCCAUAGGAAGUCUGUGUGCCACCUCCCAAACCCUCUACUGUACCUGACUCCAAAGAAUGCCCACCCUGCAAUUUGAUCAUUAAACUGAAGCCCAGGGCUCCUGGUUGUUCAUUAA